GAGAGUCAGGAACUUUUAUUUUGUUUAAGUUGUUAUUCCGCUGCUGAACACCUUUGAGGUGCCGGUUUUUCCGGCUGACUGGCCUGCUUGCAAAGAUGUCGGGACUACAUUUCCCGGCGUGCCCUGUCCUUUUUUCCUCUCGUCACGUGCCUCUAGUUUUCCCAGCGGCCCCUUUUUACUUCCGGGUUCUGGAGUGCUGCUAGAAAGUGAAGGAACGGUGUAUAAAAGUGGAGCAUUCUUGGGGUCUGAAGCAUUAGAGACGGGUAUAGAGAUCGAGACGCGCCUGAACUGCCCCGGGACUCUGUGGAGGGCAGUGCCGCGCUGCCGGUUGUGCAGUGACGUUCUCCUGCGCCUACUCCCGGUGAUCCUCAGGUCCUCCCGCCAUGGCCGAGGUGAUUCAGAAGAGGCUUCAGGGGGAAUUGGAGAAGUACCAACAGCUCCAAAAGGACUUGAGUAAGUCUAUGUCUAGUCGGCAGAAGCUAGAGGCACAGUUGACAGAAAAUAACAUUGUGAAAGAGGAGUUAGCUUUAUUGGAUGGAUCCAAUGUGGUGUUUAAGCUUCUGGGCCCAGUGUUGGUCAAACAGGAACUGGGGGAGGCUCGAGCGACUGUGGGCAAGAGACUGGACUAUAUCACAGCAGAGAUUAAACGAUAUGAAUCUCAGCUCCGAGACCUGGAAAAACAGUCCGAAAAACAACGUGAGGCCCUGGCUCAGUUGCAGCAGGAAUUCCAGCGGGCCCAGGCUGCCAAGGCAGGCUCUAUGGGAAAGGCUUGAUCUUGGUUGGCGAGGAUUUAGUGAAGGAAAAGACUGUGGCAAAUAAAAUGUGAAAAUACCUGA